AAACGAGUUAUGACUAACUGUCCACCAACGUAACCAGAUCCUAUACAGUCAGCGAUUGCGACAAAAUGGCACGAAACUGACAAGGAGUACUGAGACAUUCGGCGACCUGACACCUAGCUCCAACACUUCACCAAGGCGCAAACCAACAACCUUCCAACUUGGAAGGCUCAGGCUCAGGUUUUUUCACCAUAAUUUAAUUGGCUCACCAUCCGAGUUAAAUUUUUCUUUUGUAUGAAUCUUAAUUCUACUGUGUCCUUUCUGGCGGUGUUCAAGGAGUUUUGGUUUGGAGUUUUUUCUUCUUCUUUUCUUUUCCCCUUUUCGUAAACAUUGCUGUUGCCAUUCACACUUUUAUCCUUCCAUUUUGCUGUGAAAACCUUUGUUCAAUUCUUGAAUUCUUUGCUUUCCUUGCUCUCCGUGCAUUCAUAUCAUCAUUGCUUUGUGCGUUCAAUAAAGCAUCGUUUAGCAUGUAAGCCAGUACUUAAGUACUGGUUUAGUUGUACUCGUGUGGUGAUGGUAGGUAUUGAGGAGAACUGUGUGGUCGGUGUGCUUGUUGGAGUUGGGAAGUGUGACUGUUAUCACCAAGUUGUUUUAUUAAAGUGUUUGUGCUCUCAAUGAGUUGUGAAGUGGUAAUGCUAUCACCAAGUUGGUGAGUGUUGGUGCUCUCAUUGAGUUGUUAAGUGCUAGUGCCAUCAGCCGUGGUGGGCAUCAUGCCAGCACCCCGUACUGAUCAUAACUGUAUGACGUGUGCUGCUAUAGACCUUAGAUCAGAGUGUGACUGUCAAGCAGCGGGAGCGUCUGUGUGUGGCCAAUGGGUGUCCAUUACGACAUGGACCAGCUGUGCUGCAGUUUGUGUGACAACUAGUUGUGUGAGGCUUCGGCGUGCUGAUCUGACCGGUUACGCUGUAUCGACUCUUGUAUCGACUCCAGUUCAGUAGUGUGUGUGUGUGUGUGUGUGUGUGUGUGUGUGUGUGUGUGUGUGUGUGCGCGUGCGUGCGGGCGUGAGCAGAUUCCUGAAACACGAUGAGUACUUCACCAGGCUCUAGUCCGCCACGUCUGCCACUCUACCCACUCUCUGGUGGUCAGUCCGCAAGGGAGCAUGCAGCCCACGACCCACUCUCUGCUGGCCAGUCCAUACAGCAUGCAGCCCACGACCCACUCUCUGCUGGCCAGUCCCUACGGCAUGCAGUCCACAACAUGGCUGUGGCACUCCGUCAAUGUUUUCACUAUGGUCAGCACAGCCAUGCUGGCCGAGCCAGACUGAUGGAGGAAGAGGGCGAAGACGAGGACGCUGACGAAGACGAGGACGAAGGCUCGUCCGUCAGUGCGCUGUGCUUUCAGCCGUCGUGUCCCGGUUGGCUGUUGUCUUGCUUGUGCUGUUGCUGUUGCUGCGAUCGAUGUGCACGUCUUGGCAACACCCACCAGCUCGUCUCCGCUCAGUAUGAUGUUGACGAUGAUGUCGCCAUGGAGAUUCCCAGCAUGGCUGGAAUGCCAUGCUCUGCUGCCCUGGAUAAAGAGCCGUGCGGUCACGUCAAGGAUGCCAGUGCUGCUAAGGGGUCAUCUUCUAGCUUGGCUGCUGCUGCUGCUGCUAUUGCCGGACAAGAGCAAGCUAGUUUGGAAAUGCUGGAGGCCCCACGUGGCCGUGUGCAAGACCUACCGGAUGUUAUCGAAGAGCAACCAAUGCCGCUUGCUGCUAGUACUUCGAGUACGUUGGGGGCUGCCGGCUUGUAUGACGGUGAAAUGUGGCUGCCAGCGGCAGCUAGUGCUGCUGCUGCUGCUGCUUUGGCUGUUGGUGCACUGGCUGUUGAUGGCUACCGCGGCGACUCACAGGACCAGGGUGUCGGUAUGCACGUUUCCGAUGGAGCGCGUGAUGCUCAAUGGGAUGCAACCUUUGCCGCUGAAGGAAUAUGUUCGAGUGUUGGUCGUGGUGUUGGUGGUGUCGAUGAUGCUGGCUCGUUUAAUCUGCGCUCCGGACAGUCUACGUCUGAAAAAAUGCUUAAAGCCAGUGACGGGUUUGGGUCUGACGAAACGCUAAAAGCCGAGGACAAGAAGAAGGUACUUUCAUCCACAGCUUCAGCAAACAGGGAGAGCAGCAGCACCACCAGCAGUGCUAGUGUUAGACCGAGGGCCUCUCCCACACGAGAGUGUACGCCGUCAGACAGGAUCAACAGCAGCACCGACACUGGGCCUCAAGUUGCUAUGGUACCGGACUCUCAAGUUGCUAUGGUACCGGACUCGAGCUUUAUGAAGGCAACUGGUGGACUGUCCGACCCUAGCUACGUAACCUCAUCACAUGCAGCAGCAGUGCACGGCGGUAUGGGCAAUGAGCAGGAUGUCCUGGACGAUGGCGAUGAGGAUACGGAGAUGGACGACGUUCUAACUGACCUCCGUUCUCAUACUGUACGACAACAACAACGACGACGACGGCGACGACGACGCGCCAAGGUGCUCAACACAGCUGUUACCACCACCACCACCACCACAGCUGCCGCUGCUGUGACUCCGAGCACGGACAGUGCUAGUUCAGCAGUGAGGCGAUUGUCAUAUCCAGUAAAAUACCCGGCAACAUCAGCAGCAGCAACAGACUACCCGGAGUGCGUCUGUGCUGCUGAGGACACUCCUACGCAAACCGAUUGCUGUCCUAGCGAUAAUGACCGCGAUGAUACGCCUGGAUGUCCGUCAUGUUAUCUGGUUAUGAGCCGCCGUAACUCUCAACUGUGAACCGCCGACGUUGUCGAAACGAUGAUGAUGAUGAUGGCAACAACAAUAACAACAACAACAACAACAACAACAACAACAACAACAACAACAACAACAACAACAACAACAACAACAACAAACAUGAUCCUAUACCCAAGCGUUAUUUUGCAGGGCACCAGAAAUUGUAUCACGUCCAUAGUGUUCUGUUCAUGUGCGAUGGUCAACAUGCCAGAUGUACAUGCCAGAUGUCUUCUUUCUUAUCUCUAGUAUGCACAUACACGAUGUUUGGCCAUUGGUUUGGUUUUCGCUGAUCCUUUCUUUCAUCAUGAUUCUUGCAUCAACAUUAAGUUGUCGCUGAUCCAGUCUCUCAUCAUGAUUCUCCCAUCAGCAGUAAGUUGUCGCUGAUCCUGUCUUUCACAAUGAUUCUUGCAUCAACUGUAUUGUGUAUAUGACUGUUUUCUCUGGGUGCACUGUAUUGGAGUUGUUACUCGUUGAUGUUCGCCGCGUAUUCGUGUUUGAUUUCUUGAUAGCCAGCUUGUGGCAGUGGUGACGUUGUUACUGAUUGCUAUACAUAAUGUAUGGAGUAAUGAGCUUGUGGCAGUGGUGACGUUGUUACUGAUUGCUAUACAUAAUGUAUGGAGUAAUGAGCUUGUGGCAGUGGUGACGUUGUUACUGAUUGCUAUACAUAAUGUAUGGAGUAAUGAGCUUGUGGCAGUGGUGACGUUGUUACUGAUUGCUAUACAUAAUGUAUGGAGUAAUGAGCUUGUGGCAGUGGUGACGUUGUUACUGAUUGCUAUACAUAAUGUAUGGAGUAAUGAGCUUGUGGCAGUGGUGACGUUGUUACUGAUUGCUAUACAUAAUGUAUGGAGUAAUGAGCUUGUGGCAGUGGUGACGUUGUUACUGAUUGCUAUACAUAAUGUAUAAUGUAUAAUGUAUAAUGUAUAAUGUAUGGAGUAAUGAUUUGUUUUAAAGUGUGUGUUGGCUGCACCAGUGUUAGCCCUGUAUGCAGUGGUGCAGCUUUAUGUCACUGAACCGGAACUAGUUACCGCACUCCCAUGAUUGUAGAACUGUGUUGAGGGACAGACGAGGUGUGUGUGUGUGUGUGUGUGUGUGUGUGUGUGUUCUGUACCGCUAAACCUUGAGAUCUUUAAGUGUGUAUAACUGUAGAAGGCAGCGCUCCAGCAUAAAGUUCCGCUGCAACCGUCUCACAAUCCUGAAUGUUACAUUACACUGCCCAAUAGGGGUGAAACGUCGAGUCGAUUAGUCGUCUGGUCUGGCCAGUCAAUAGAAGGAAAGCCCUUAUCAACUCGCACAUACAUGUAUGUAAAAAAAUAUGUGUAUAAAUGCCCACUGGUCCUGGGAAUUCAGGCCAUGCACUGCGAAGUACACUUGGCACAUGAAGACAUUUCGCUUUUAAAAUUAACACAUAGCCGAGUGCAUAAGCAAAAGCGGUGCAAAACACAUUCCGCAUGGGUUCGUUUGAAUGUGUAUACCUACUAUGUGCUCAUACUGUUCUUCUGUUUGCUUGUGUGUGGGUGUGUGGGUGGGUGACCAUGCAUGUGCACGUAUGCAGGCGUAAAUAUGCUGUGCUUGUGUCCAUGUGCGAGGGCAAUGUCAGUCGAUAACCAGUCGAUAGUCAGUCGAUAGAAUUAGUUCUAGUCGAUAAGGAAUUCGGGUGUGUCGUUUCACCCCUAGUACCCAGUCAUGUACCCGUGCCUGUGAUUGGAAUUGUCACUUUCCAAGUUGUGCAGCUAGUGGAUCGUCACAUUGCACUCUAUGAUGAGAGCGUCAGCCAUGGAUCAUUCGUCAUCUUGUACUGAGUCUGAGAUUGUUCCUCAGAGCUAUCAGCGUAUGGUGGCCUUCCUUCAACCUCCCCCAUGGCACGUUUGGGUGGGAAAUUGUCGCCUGGUACUGUUGAUGUGUUUCACAGUAACAGGUGUAAGUUUCUCUCGUUUCUUUUCUCAGUUGUAAGCAUGUAGUUAAGUGAUGUCUUGUGAUGUUCAUCAGUAUGUUACCUGUUCAGUCAAGAAAGGAUCUGAUCUCUUUCUGCUAACAUCCUGUCCGUGUCUGUACCGAAACCACUUCAAGGAGAGCUGCUGGAGGCACUGGUUGUUUGGAGAUUGUCUGCUGCUGCUGCUGCUGCUGCUGCUGCUGUCAAGUCACUGUGCCUAGUACUGUGCUACUGUCAAGUCACUGCUUGUCUUACUCUGCUGCUGGGACUCGGUGUCAAGGUUAGCCCGACAGCCUCAAGCUCUGCUCGUAUUUGCUGAUACCCAUCACAUUGAUGUUCAAGACUAUGGACAUCUUCGGCGUUAUUCGGAGCGCAUGGCAACGAUGUCUUGACUGGUAUUGUAGGCAUUGUAUGUGCCUUGAUCUGGAUCAAGAGAACGUCUUUGAAGAUGACGUCCUAAGAGACCUGAACUAUAAUAUAGAGUCGUAGAGUCGUAGUCUAUAAUAGACCUGGACUAUAACGUUAAUAUAGUAACAGAGUCGUAGUCUGUAAUAGCCCUGGACUAUCAUAUAGAGUCGUAGUCUAUAAUAGACCUGGACUAUAAUAUGGAGUAAUAGAGUCGUAAUCUUAGAAAACUAUAUUAUAGCUUUCUAAGAUUACGACUCUAUUACUAAUUAUUGUUAAAAAUAUUAGCUUCUUCUACUGAAGUAGUACUGGUAUUUGUAUAUUCUCUCAUUGUGUCUCUGUGACCUCCUGCCCUGAUCUUUAAGCUUCUGCUCUGUUUCUUAUAGCUUCUUCCAUGUUUCUUUAAGCUUCUUCCCUGUUUCUUUAAGCUUCUGGCUACGCUGGUUAUUAUUUUGUUCCAGGUUUGUAUUUGAUUGGAAGGUGCAGUUGUUCCUUUGCCCUGUGUGUGUUUGUAUGUCUGUGUUUGUUUGUUUGUUUGUAUGUCUGUGUUUAGACUGUCUGUCUGUCUGUCCAGUAUGCGCUGGUCUAAUGCCGACGCACAUUGCUUUUUGUGGCAAUAGUGUACUCUGAGCUGACAAUAGUGUACUCUGAGUUGACAAUGGUGUACUCUGAGCUGACAAUAGUGUACUCUUGAGCUGACAAUAGUGUACUCUGAGCUGACAAUAGUGUACUCUUUUUGUGACAAUAGUGUACUCGCUUGUAUUGUAUAACUGUGUUUACUGCGUUCCUGGUUUCGUUUCCUUUAAUCAUCUCUUUAAUUCUUGCCUUUACCCCAUUAAUCCCUCACAUAAUAUUAUCUUAACUUUAUUAUUAUUAUUUUCUCACCCCUCUACUCUGUUAUCGUCCCUCUUUAAUAAGAGUUGUGUUCAUCACUGUUGAGGCUUCCGAUGGAAAAUAAAAGAAUACUACUCUUG